AUGCUCUGUUACAACGCUGCAGUCUUCAAAGUUGUUACCACCCGGGAGUACAAGAUCUUCACUCUAGACGUCAUGUCAAACGAAUGGAUGCAUAUCAAAGCCACUACAGAUGUUGGUACCAACGGUUCAGAGAAAUACUGGAACGUGUCAAACGGCCGAUGGAACGACGUCUACGACACCAAGUACUCCUCUACAUAUGGCGAUCUUUACCUAGGAGUGGAUCGUGUAGCAUUCGAUACUACGCAGGAUCUUUCCAACUUGAACCUAAACCUAACUGGAGCGCUGUCACAUUCUCUGACUCUGAAUGUUACUGGAGGCCAAGACAUAGUCAGGGACCUCAUUAAAGAUUCGUCUGCAUGGAUACGAUUCGACUCGACACCCAACAAUCAGACUUUAGGCACAAACGUCUCCGCCCACUGA